CAAACAGGGCAUUCAUAAUGUGUAUGAACUGUAUGUCGGCACAUGGACGCUGAAUUCGAGUGAUGAUAUUGUUGUGAUAUGAUGGCUGUGAAUAUGGAGAGGUUUGUCAGUGAGGCUAAAGGAAAUGGUUUGCGUGCUCUGCGUGAAAUCAAAGCCGGUGAGGUGAUUCAUUCAUGCGAGCCGUAUGCAUUCUGCAUAGCCAAAGAUUUCUUGAAAACUGCCUGCCAAAGUUGUCUCAAGAGAGGUGAAAGUCUGUCGAGAUGUUCUCAGUGUAAGACGGCCCGGUACUGCAGUGCUCAGUGUCAGAAGCAAGCAUGGCCCGAUCACAAGAGGGAAUGCAAAUGCCUCAAGCGCCUCCAGCCACGGAUCCCCACCGACUCCGUCUGCCUGGUGGCGAGGAUCAUUUUCAAACUGCUCAGCCAAUCAGAAAGUGACCAAGAGGAGCUGUACUCGAUAGUCGAGCACCAGUCACAUCUUGCAGACAUGAGCGAGGAGAAGAAAGAAGGCCUGAGGCACCUCUGCAUGACGCUGCAGGUUUAUCUCGGUGAGGAGAACCACGAUCUGUCUCCGCUUCCGCCCGGCCUCGACCCCAUCAGCCUCCUCGCCAGAGUGACCUGCAACUGUUUCAGCAUCAGUGAUGGAGAGCUGCAGGACGUGGGGGUGGGACUUUACCCCAGCAUGUCUCUGCUGAACCAUGACUGCCAGCCCAACUGUGUCAUGAUCUUUGAGGGCAAGAGACUCAUGCUGCGAGCCGUUCGCCUCAUCAGACCCUGUGAGGAGCUCACUAUAAGCUACACCGACAUCCUCGCAACCAGCAAAGAGAGACGUUCCCAUUUACAGGAGCAAUACCACUUCCUGUGUCAGUGCACACGCUGUAGCACUGAGGACAAGGACUGUGACAUGCUGGCUGGAGAGAAGACGGCAUGGACGUCCUUAAGAGACGCCAUCCCGCACCUGGAGCAGCUUCAGUCGGAGCAGCGUAUCCUUCACAGCCGAAUCAGGGGCUGGGAGGAGCUGCUGAAAGAGGGCAAGGCUUUUUUGCACAGAUACGCAGAUGUCGUCCCGGACAGGAACAUCUAUGUGCUCAGGCUGCUGGAUCUGGCCAUGGAUGCUUGCAUUAGUCUGGACGACUAUGAGACGGCGCUGGAGUACGGCAACAGAGCUCUGGAAUCUUACAAAUUGUACUACAGUGAUCCUCAUCCAUCCAGAGCGGUGGAGCUGCUGCGGGUGGGGAAGCUGCAGCACUACCAGGGCAGACUGGAGGAGGCUCAGGGGAGCUUCACACAGGCCUAUGACAUCAUGAAGGUGACCCACGGGACGGCUCACGCCCUGACUAAUGAGGUGAGCAGAAAACUGAGCGAGUGCCAGGCUGAGCUGGGUCGAGUCUAGGCUGAUCUGUGCCAUCAUACAGAGAGCGACUGCUGCAGUCCCGCCACAGCCCCAAACUCCUCUCCGACAAUACAAUCAAUACGCAAAUGGGAUGUUUCUGGAUGGUUGUGUCUGCCACCUGCUUUUGUGCCGCUGUGUAUCAAACCAGCUGCUUUAGAAUUCAACUGAAAAACAAAAGAAUAUUUUUCUCUUCUGCUUCUACUCCGCUUGCCAGAGGAAAAAAUCUACAUUACUCUGCUGUGCUUUUUCAGUCCAUUUCAGAUUGCUCAUCCCAUUUCAGAUUUGUUUUUUGUGGAAUUCAUUCCACUUUAUUCUAUUCUGAAUUUUUUGCAAUAAUGACAGAGUUAAACUUGCUGUCCCCUUCACUUUUAACACUCAAUCCAAAGUAUAGUAUAUAUUAUUCAAAAGAAAGUCCUACAUCUAGGUAUUUUGACCCCAAAUUAGUGGUUGCAAGAGGAAAAAUAAUGAUACAUUUAAAUGAUAAACUUAAAGAACUUUUUCUUAAAGAACAUUUGUCACUUUUCAAAUGUGCAGUAAUGGCAGCUAUUACAAAGUCUGAAUGAUUUGGGUCAAUGCAUUUUUUGAUUUGUAGCUGCAUAUUCUUAGAUUCAUAAACAUAUAUGUGAUAUAUUAGUAUUUAAGUGCAUCUGAUCGAGUAUUCAGUAAAUCCUUAAAUUAAUAUGUUUCUUGUUGUUCUGGUCACUU